CCGCCCUGCGCCCUCGCGCCCUCGCGCCCUCGCACCGGGGGCGGGCUCGCUGCGCGUGCCGGGCGGGGAAGCGGCGCGAGCCGGGUGCCUGAGAACGUUCGCUGCGGGGGCGGCUCCGGGGCCUGAGCGGGUGCUGCCACCGCCUCAGCCUCGGAGGCCGGGCCGGAGGAGGCGGAGGAGGCUGCGGCCGCCGGAGACCUUUUCGACGCCCCCAGCUCCGGCCGGGAAGAUGAUUGAGGAAAGUGGGAACAAGCGGAAGACCAUGGCAGAGAAGAGGCAGCUGUUCAUAGAAAUGCGUGCUCAGAAUUUUGAUGUCAUACGACUAUCAACUUACAGAACAGCUUGCAAAUUGCGAUUUGUACAAAAACGAUGCAACCUCCAUCUUGUUGAUAUCUGGAACAUGAUCGAAGCCUUCCGAGACAAUGGCCUUAAUACACUGGACCAUACCACUGAGAUCAGUGUGUCUCGCCUCGAGACCGUCAUCUCAUCCAUCUACUACCAGCUGAACAAGCGCCUUCCUUCUACUCACCAAAUCAGUGUGGAACAGUCCAUCAGCCUCCUCCUCAACUUUAUGAUUGCUGCAUAUGACAGUGAGGGCCGAGGCAAGUUGACGGUAUUUUCAGUUAAAGCUAUGUUAGCAACCAUGUGUGGUGGAAAAAUGCUGGACAAAUUGAGAUAUGUUUUCUCCCAGAUGUCAGAUUCCAAUGGCUUAAUGAUAUUUAGCAAGUUUGACCAGUUUCUGAAGGAAGUUCUGAAGCUCCCAACAGCUGUCUUUGAAGGGCCAUCUUUUGGUUACACAGAACACUCAGUCCGCACCUGUUUUCCACAGCAGAAAAAGAUAAUGCUAAAUAUGUUUUUAGACACCAUGAUGGCCGAUCCUCCUCCCCAGUGCCUUGUCUGGCUACCUCUCAUGCAUCGGCUUGCCCACGUUGAGAAUGUCUUCCACCCCGUGGAGUGCUCCUAUUGCCGGUGUGAGAGUAUGAUGGGUUUCCGGUACCGAUGCCAGCAGUGCCACAACUACCAGCUCUGCCAAAAUUGCUUUUGGCGUGGCCAUGCCAAUGGCCCUCACAGCAACCAACACCAGAUGAAGGAGCAUUCCUCUUGGAAAUCCCCUGCAAAGAAGCUGAGCCAUGCAAUUAGUAAAUCCUUGGGGUGUGUACCCACCAGAGAACCUCCGCACCCUGUUUUUCCUGAACAACCAGAGAAACCACUUGACCUUGCAAAUAUAGUUCCUCCUCGCCCUCUGACGAAUGUGAAUGACACCAUGGUGAGCCACAUGUCCUCCGGGGCGCCCACUCCCACCAAGAGGUUACAGUAUAGCCAGGAUAUACCCAGUCCCUUGGCUGAUGAGCAUGCACUGAUAGCCUCCUUUGUGGCCCGUCUGCAGCACUGUGCACGUGUCCUGGACAGUCCUAGCCGACUGGAUGAGGAACACCGGCUUAUAGCUCGCUAUGCUGCCCGGCUGGCUGCAGAGGCAGGAAACAUGACCCGUCCUCCCACCGACUUGAGCUUUAACUUUGAUGCCAACAAACAACAAAGACAGCUUAUUGCAGAACUGGAAAACAAAAACAGAGAGAUCCUGCAGGAGAUUCAGCGUCUCCGUCUGGAGCAUGAGCAGGCUUCCCAGCCCACCCCGGAGAAGGCCCAGCAGAACCCCACACUGCUGGCAGAGCUGCGGCUGCUGAGGCAGAGGAAAGAUGAGCUGGAGCAGAGGAUGUCAGCGCUGCAGGAGAGCAGGCGGGAGCUGAUGCUGCAGCUGGAAGGGCUGAUGAAGCUGCUGAAGGCUCAGGCCACAGGAUCGCCGCAUACGUCGCCCACUCACGGAGGCGGCCGCCCAAUGCCCAUGCCCGUGCGCUCCACCUCCGCCGGCUCCACACCCACCCACUGCCCCCAGGACCCGCUGAGCGGAGUCGGCGGGGACGUGCAGGAGGCCUUCGCCCAGGGUACGAGGAGAGACCUCCGCAAUGACCUGCUGGUGGCUGCUGACUCCAUCACCAGCACCAUGUCAUCCCUGGUGAAGGAGCUCCACUCAGCUGAUCUUUCCUUAGGCCUGCUCAGCUGUCUCGCUCCAGAGCUUUCCUGGAUGACUGGAACCGCAUCAGCUGCAAAAGCUUCUGGACUUUCUCCCGGCUGCCUUUCUGCUCUCUCCUAGUCUCUCCUUUUGUCCAUGACGGGGCUCUGAUUUCACUGGAAGUUCAUGACCUGAGUCUGUUGCUUCCUUCGUUCCUCAUGUUCAGUCUUAUCUAUGACUUCUUUUUCUGUCUGUCUGUCUGUCUCUUAGCUUUCAGUGAUUUUCCAGAGACCCUUACCUCAUGGCAUAUUUCCCCUUACAUAAUACCCAGGAAGGAGAGAAGAAAUAGAAGGCCAUUCCCAUAUCAGCAUGUCUUCAAGAAUCCCCAUGAUUACAUCAGUUUUGAAGCCGUCAGAUAUUUUGCUAAUCUUUUUUAUGGUGGUCGGAUUCCCAUGUUAUAUAUUAAACAAACAGAUUCCCUUCCUAAGUGCUGUGGGUCACUCAUACAGAUGGCCCUCUUUUGUGUCUUUCCACCUAAUGUAAUGCUUUUG